UCGCCCCUCCCCGCCCCCGUCCCCUCUCUGCUCCAUUACGGGAAAAAAAGCCGACACCAUAGACGGAAAGGCACGGAGCGCGGCACGAAAGCCCGCGCAAGAUCCUCACCCUUUCCGGCGGAUUUGACGGGCCGCAUUCCCCUCCCCCGGGAGCCGGCCGUUCGUACUACGCGCCGUAGCGGGCGGUUACACGAGUGUAUAUCACGCCAGGCUCCCGGGCCGUCAAACGGCCACCCGCGCCCGCCCCUCCCUCCCAUGGAACAGGGGGCAGCGCGGCAAGACGAGGCACGCAAGGAGCGGGAGGCGCCGCCGCCGGUCCCUUUCCCCAGGGAAAACGAGGAGGAGAGAAAUCUGAAGCUACCCUCUCGUGUGGUUUCUUUGUUCUUUGGGGGUGAUAUCUCAACAACGGCACAGUCAUUCGAGAAAUGGGUGUCGCUGGUACGUUUGCGGAGCGGGACAUUUCGCCCAUCUGGGUUCCCACGUCGCAAUUCAAAGAUUGAAGUGAUGCCAAGUGGAAGCUUCUCACUUUUUGGCAGCGCAGACUUAAGGGAGGAAGUGGCUAAAGCAGAAGCAGCGAGCAGAGAAAAGAAUCCUACGCUUGAUCAGCCUCCUGAAAUAAGCUUGUGGGAGAGGCUUGGGAAUGCUUCUGCUUUGGACAUUGAAUCAUCCGGCUUUUCAUGGAAUAUGCUGUCAUCUCUGCACCAUACAGAACACAGUAGUAGUUCAGAACACUCUGAAGAUGAGAUGACUAAAGCUCUUGAGAUGACUGUGAACUCUGGUGGCGUUGUAUUCUUUGCUCUAUUUAGUGCGGGUAACAAUGGUUUACCAAAAGAAGAAGCAGCUGUUAUAAAGUUUGCAGCGUCAAAGAUGGCAACACAGGCAGAACUUUUGGGAUAUGAAUUUGCACGGUUGCUUGGAGUUCAGACACCACAAGCUAGGAUAGUGCAUAAUUCUAGUCUGGAGUGGCAGGCGAUAAAACAUGCCGCAGAAAAAGCACGAGCAAUAGCGGUUUCAAAUAAUGAUGAGAUUGGUGAGAUGACUUGCUCAGAGUUGUUGGAAGCUCUUGAGCUAAGCCGAUGCCUUCUUCUAAUGAGUUAUUUUCAUGGCUCACCCCUGCUAGAGAGUUCAAAGGCAUUCAGUUCACGGCAAGCUGCGUGCGUUACUUCUUCAUCCCUUGGAAGGGUCUUGAUGUUAGAUCUGAUACUCAGGAAUGAGGAUAGGCUCCCAUGCCGCCAGCUUGGCUGGCGUGGCAAUCCGGCAAACUUGAUGAUUUCGGAUAGAUCAUCCUUGCCCAGUAUGGACAGAUUUGAGGAGUCUAAGGGCACUUUGGAAAACUCCAACCCACUGUUUUCUAAUAUUUUCCAAAAAGAAAAACAGUUCCACUCUGCAAACGGAAGAUUAGAUUCUCCGGAGGUGGAUCUCAUGUCAGGAAAAGCAGAUGCAUUGAAAAGUGUACAAGAAAAUGCUGAAAGUGCGAGCGGGACUUUCCACAUUGUAGCAAUUGACACUGGGGUGCCCCGUCGCCCACCUGCAGGGAGACGUGUCAAAGAUCAUGAACGGUAUCCCAAAGUUGUAGAACUCAUUUUGAAUAACUCGGACCACUCCGCGAAUAUCUUAUAUGAAAUUUCCGGUGGUAGGCUUGGGAUUCCUGGACCUGAUGAGGCAAUCACUUCCACUGAUUCUUGCUGCUCUCUUUCUGAUGAAGACAAUGCUGCUGCGAUUCACGAAUUCCGAGUGGCAUUUCGUGCAGCUCUUAGGGAUCUGGAGGGUUUCCAUCUAUUUCUUCUCCAGCUAUACCAAAAAUUGGAUGGUGUUCUGCGAGUUUUCUCGUCCAUAAUUACUAAAAGCUCUGAGGAAUCUGACCAUAAUGAUAUUGCAAUUUCUGAUUUCCCAUCUCCGGGAGCCAGCUACAGUACCCCUUGUCCACCUAAUAAGCACGUGAACAGUGAGCCUCAUAGUGACUCUGGAACGCAAAAAAAUGCCACAAAGACAUCUUCUGCGGGAUCCCGCGGAAGCUCAGAUUCUCCUAUGUCCAGGGACAGUUGGAGUGGUAAACACUUGAAGGGGAGUGCAGAUGCUCCCCGAAGUAGAAUGACAAUGAGACUUCGUGAUUUUUAUAAGACUCCGAAGGUUGAUGUCGAUCCUGAAUUGCUCAAGGAGAUAGAACAAUGGAAUGAAGCGUUUAAGACCGACGUGAUCAGAUUUUGUCAGGAGAACAAUUUUCAUUCUGGAUUCUUUGAUGGAACUGAGAACAACAUGGCGGCAGAUGCCUACGAGUUAAAGGUGCGCCUUGAACACAUCAUUGAAAGGACAUCGUUGGUCUCUGAUGCUGCAAAUACUGAGCGACCUUCUCUCGUGGUCAACAACUUAUUUAUAGGUGGGGCUCUCGCUGCAAGGUCUAAGUACACCCUCCAGCAUUUGGGCAUUACCCAUAUACUAUGUUUGUGUUCGAAUGAGAUUGGUCAAUCUGAUACCCAGUUUCCUGAUCUUUUUCAGUACAAGAACUUUUCAAUUAGUGAUGAUGAUGAUGCAAACAUCAGCGAUCUUUUUGAAGAAGCAUCAGAUUUUAUUGACCAGGUCGACCGUGUUGGGGGUAAGGUCCUCAUCCAUUGCUUUGAAGGGAAAAGCCGGAGCGCCACGGUCGUCCUUGCCUACUUGAUGCUCAGAAAGGGCUUCACACUUGCGAAAGCCUGGAACUUACUAAAGAAAGUACACCGCCGUGCGCAACCGAACGACGGCUUCGCCAAGGCCCUGCUAGCUCUGGACAAGAAACUGCACGGCAAGGCGUCGAUGGACUGGCAGCAGAAGCGGCCGGAGAUGAAGGUGUGCCCGAUAUGCGGCAAGAACGUGGGGCUGAGCACCAGCUCGCUGAAGCUGCACCUGCAGAAGGCACACAGGCGGCUGUCGCAGGGCAGCGUGGACAGCGCCAUGACCAUGGAGAUCCAGAAGUCGAUCGAGUCGCUCCGGAUCAGCCGCGGCGGGAGCCUCAGCCCUUCCCAGAAGCUGGCCAAGGCGUUCGCCGACGAGCUCAGUUUCUGAUCUGUUGUUCUUUUGUUGUAUGUACACAGGUUGGCACACUUGUACUGUAGUGAAUACAUGCACCAAGAGGAACCCAACUUUAGGGCACAGGGAGUGAUACUUACGUGUAAUAUAUCAAACAAGAAAUGUUCAUGUUUCAAGUGCAA